AUGGGUUUCUUCAAGUUCUGGGCCUCCUUCACCGAACCACGAGUGCGAGAGAUCACGCCUCAAGAAAAGUGCAAAUGGCUCGAACAUCCUAGACCGAACACAUCAAACGGCCUUCGACUCAAGCACAAGAACUUCUCCAGUCCAGUCAUCCACGAUCCGGCGCAGAGCGAUAGGCAAUCGGCAUGGGACGACGACAAGAGUUUCAUCUCCAGGAGAAGUGUGCGCAGCAUUCGAAGAUGGGGGAGACGAAAGAGUAGGUCCGGCAUUGCGUCAGACUUGUCGCAGAACGUGCCGCAGGUGCCGGAGUUAGUCGUCGAGUCGAGGCCAUGGAGAGCGGAGGAGCGUGCAAUCCCAGAAGAGGACCUGACGCGGCCGGGCACUGCGGUGACAACAGAGGCGCCUGUGUCGCCAAUCACGCCAGGAACGCCUACAUUGAACGAGGUGUUUGAGCUCUCGGCUGAUAGCAUGGUGGUCCCAAGGGCUCAGGAAUUGAGAGAGGACAUUGCGCGAGAGGAAGGUAGAAAGGACGAGAGCAAGGACGAGGAUGCCGAUGAUGACGACGGAGAGGAAGAAGAUGCGGCAGAACCACCACCUAUACUGAAUCUUAGAAAGAGAAGCAAAUCCUGCGCAUCAGACAAGCCCCGCCAAAAGCGAGCUUCCUGGUUCUCCAUUGGCAGGCGAAGAGAAGACGACGACUUACCCCCCUUACCGCCAUCUCGCGCAGGGCCAGACGCCCUCGAUUCCCCAACCUUCACCGGCGUACCAAUAAUACCAGCAGCACAAGGCUUCCGCGACAGCCUAGGCGCCGAGUCCAUCCUCCGAGCUUUCCCAGAAGUCCCCGGUCCGGCCGUCGAAGAAGAAGAAGACGCAAGCGCCUUCGAGCCCACGCUACGAGACUCGGUCUUCCUCCCACCACCGCCGGAGAAGCCCUUCCAAGGCUCCAUCGAAGUCUUCCGGCCUCUCUCAAGCCCGCGAAGCUUCUCACAGCCGAAAUCACCCAUGCUGGCGCCGGAUAGCUGGCCCCGUCCAUCGAGCAAUCUCUCAGAUUCACGCCCUCAGCAUGCGCGCGGCCUUUCUGCGAACUUGAAGCGUAGCCACAUGAGCGACGACGGAGUCUUCACCGCCGAGCAGCAGCGGGACUACGGCCGUGUCGCGAGGUUCCUAGAGAACAUGGACCAGAAGCAUACGAGUGGAGGAGUCGUGGGCGUGGUGACGGAGGUAGGUGGAACGCCGGGGUCUGUACCUGCGAGGCCGUUGCGGCGGCAUAAUGUGAAGUACUCGAAUGAUGAGGCGUUGGCUGCGCUUGAGUUUGGGAUUGCGGAGAAGUGA